AUGGCCGCCAUGGUCCCGAACGUCGUUGUCGUCGUUGAUUAGUUGGGCAAUCGACGAGGGGGGUCAAGGUAUUUAAUCAAGGUUGCUAAAUGCUGACAGUGCACGUUAAUUAGACGCGCGUCUCAGCACCAUUAAUUCGCAGCGACCAGACUCGCGCUUCGCUGCCACGUACUUCCGGGACAUCGGACGAUCUUUCCAUUCAUUUUUUUCUCAUUUUUUUUCUAUACACAAUUUUCUCGCACGCGGCGCGUGAUAAGAUAAGGGAAUCCCUCCUUAAUCUUUCCUCUAGUGCCCUCCUUCCACCUGUGGAUGCGGUUUGCCUGUCGUCGGAAGGAAUGCACCAUCCCUUUGUUGCUGAGCGUAUCCUCUCGCGUAAGCUAAUUUCGAGCUUUAAAGAGUGAUUCGCGUGUCGCGAUUGGAUUCCGCUUGAAAAGCUUGACAGCGAUAAGUUUCACUCUUCGCUGCCGGGUAAGUUGAAUGAUGGCGAGCGAUCUGUCGAGCGGCUGCACGGACACGAUCGACAUCCUAGACGACGAGAAGGAGGAGGGUGAGAUCUCGUUGGAGGAUGUCAGCUCGUCCGAGGAGGGCGGGAUGGGCCACUUAACCAGCAGCUACGUCGUCGGCAGGACGCGCCCGUGCCCCGACUGCAAGUCCUGGGGCGAAUGCGCGACCUGGUGCAACGCGACGUAUCAUCCUAAGAACAGGAGAGAUCCAGUCAAAGGGAAGGAAAAUCGUCACCAUGUCAGGGAAACGGGAUGUGCCGCAACGAAGCACGUGGCGUCGACGUUGCAAGAGAAAAACGACGACGACGACCUAGUGCCUAUCUCUAGCGACAGCGACAUGGAAAUCGUCGGUCUCACAGACACGUCCAAUCGAGCGAAAGCCAAAGUAAAAAAGAAAAAGCGUAAAAAAAGGAAAUACGAACCCCUCACUCUCGACGAGUUGCUUUCUCCGUCCUCCAUCGAUCUGUCUAUAGCAGAAGUCGGCGCGCUGAAAAUAUAUAGGGAAGUAAGUCCGGCGCACAGACCGAGCGGCAGAUCAAAGAUGAUUACAAAAUCGCCGGUUCGAAGAUACAGAUCGCCAGUGGUGGCACGAGCGUCGUUCCAAUCGUCCCGAUCUCCAGUGAGUCAUCCCAGAUCGCCGAUACAGAAGAGAUCCCUGCGAAACGCCAGAUCGCCGAAACGUAGUCCCCGGCGUCACUCGCCCGUGAGAGCGGCGAAGAGACCGCCGCCGAAGCUGAGCUCGCCGCCGUUCGCUCGUUCCCAUGUCUCAGAGAGACACGACGACGUGACGCGGUUGUUGAAAAAGGUCAAGCACCUGGAUUCCUCCAUAACCACGCACUCGUCGGAGCCGAGCGUCAACCGGAGUAAAGAAUCGUCGUCGCUGAAGGAAAAGCUGUCGAACAUACUAAAGGGAGCUGGCAUCGACGACCACGCUGUGCAACUCAAGGAAAAAUUGAAGUCCGAGACGAUCAAUGACGCCGACGACGAGGAAGAUCUAGCGUUGCUGCGACAAAAGGCAUUGGAAACAAAGCAGAAGAAGUCUAACGGAUCUUCGGACCAUCUGACGGAUGUAGAAUCGGAGAACAGAUCGGCCGACGACAGAGUGAAUGACGAUCAGGACGAGGAGGCUUUGCAGCUGCGAAUGAUCGCGCUCCGCUCGGCGGUAAUGAAGAAACAUCAGAAUCGGGUUCAGCGUGGCAUUAAGGCCAAGAGAUCCACCCGCAGCGAGAGUCCGUUUAGUUCGAGUUUCCUCGACGACAUCCCCGUGCCCGGCGACGAGCUGUUGAAGUAUGCGUCGCCGCCGUGCACACCGCCGUGCGACAGCAAUCACAUCGAGGACAUGGAUCUGGACACCGACGUCGAGAGGGAGAAGGAGAAGCUGCCGUACUCGCCGACCGACAAAAUCGAGAACAUAUCUAUCGACACAGCGUUGCUCGGUAUCGAGCCAUCCGACGUGUCGUUCAUUAACGUAAACGAGACGAUCGGUAGCCCGGUCUUCGACGACGCGCAGGACGAACUCGCGACGAACAGGGUCACGCCUUACUACGACGGGACUUACUUGCCUUACCAGGUACCACCGGCUACGCAGUACUGUUCGUAUUCGCCAUCGCGGUACGGCAGCGAGACAUACCAUUCGGAUCUUAACAACGCGGUCGGAAAAGGGCCAGAAAAUCUUCAUGGCGACGAUGUCGUAUGUGAUCUGAUAGAUGGAAUUUGCUGUCAGGAAGGAACCUAUUCCUCGACGAGCAUCAUGUCGAAUACAUCUCACGCUCUUCCAGCGUCUGAGAGUCUUCUCGCGCCUUCUGUCUCUCCCCACGACACUCUCGCUUCUUCGCCUCAGAUGCAGCAGAUCGUGGAGCAACCCACCAACGACGGUAUUGUAUUUGUGAAUGUGAACUCCGCAUUCAGAAAUGGCAAGUCUGUCUACGAAACGCAGACAACUCCCGAAUAUUCCGUUACAGGUGCUCCAACAACAACGGUGUAUGCUGAAUCAAUGUCGCCUAACGAAUCGAUGAUAACGAUCGACGAUCUUCCGGAGAACGACGCGGAUCCGUUGAGCUCUCCCAACGUCGCUCUUGGCGACGAUAGAAAUUUACCGGCCACGGAAUACAUUCCAAAGGAAGCGGCACCGUGUCGAGCCGCCGCGGAGGAACCUCUGUAUAUGCAAGGUAUUCCAGAUAUUACUAAGGAAACGAAUAAGAUACCAACGUUGAUCAAUAGGACGCUGGUACCCGCGCCGAUCUUAAGAUCGAACAGGCAGUUGCGACGACAAACGCGUCAGGACGCGCUUCUGAAGAAGCGCGAAACGCCGAUUUCGGAGCCGACUUUUAAGAGUGCUGAGAUGCAACCGGUGACCAUUACUGCCACGGAUGCGAGUAGCAGCGUCUUCAAGCCGAUAAAAUUGCAAGUAGCGAAAAAAUCCGCGCCCGUAUUGUCGGCGUCUGCCACAUUCGACGAUUCGAUGAACGAGUCUCUGGAUGUGUUAGAGAAUCAAAAAGAUUCGCCUGGAAAAAAUCACGAGGCAAGUGAGCCGCAACAUCCUGAGACAUCCGUCGGUACACCAUCCGCGAGUAGUAAAGCCGCUCCAACGCGGAGCAAGAAGCGGAAACGCGCCAAAAAGAACUGCCGCAAAAGUCCUGACACCGCGCAAUUGCUUGAGAAAGAAAAAAGCCCAUGUUUGGAUGCUGGUGUAAAUAAAAAUACGGAUAUUGUGGAUGCGUCCGUUCCAGAUCGACAAACUGUAACCGAAUCAGAUCAGAGCAAAAGCAACGAUAAUGCUGAUGCGCAGGAGAGCUCGAUGGGAAAUGGAGAAUCGUUAAGAUUGCAAAGUGUCACUGAUACUCAGGAGCCUGUUAACUCCGAUGAUGUUUUGACAAAGAGGAGAGAUAAGGACAAGAACAAUUACACGGCGCUGUCAGUGCGCAUUGAACAAUCGCAAGAGGAACAGAUCGAAUCACAUUGUUUGUCAACAAAUCCCGCGCCAGACAAUUCCGACUCUACUAGCGUGUCUGACAAAGCCAUCAAUACGAUGAAAAGCGAUAGCAAUAGGAGACAAAGCAUUGACGAGGACGAGGACGAGUUACGCGCCAUCUUACUAGCUUCUCUAAAACGAACGAAGUCAACAGAUAUCAGUCCUUCAGUUAUCCCAGUCAUUUCUGUUACAAGCUCUGCUGCGACGAAUGUCCAAACGCCUGCAUUAAAAACGUUGGCAGGUACCAUGCCAUCCGCGGCUAACGCGACGAGCACGGCGAGCAAUAACGCUUCGUCGUUACCGUCGAGACCAUUAACUUCGUUGGAAACCGUAAAGAAGAAGAUUAACGACGUACCCGUCUCGGUGCAAAAUGGAAGCAGGAAAAGAAGCAGCAGUCUGGACACAGCAAAGAGUCUGCCGAAGAAAAUGGCGAGAAAAACGCUCACGAGCACGAAAGUGGUGAACAACGCUAAGAAAAAAUAUCAGAAUAUGAUUGUGCAGAGGAGGCUGAAUCUACGAAAGCUCGAUAACAGUUCCUCGAUAACGAAUUCUAAUGAGAAUGUGUGGCCCAACGCUGGCGCAUCAAAGAUAUCGUUACACGCACCCGACACUCAGCGAUUUGUGAUAAGUUUAGGUUCCGACUCGGACAGCGAGUCCGAGGAUGAGAGAAACGAGCCUGUUCCCGUCGCAGAGAAGCAUCAGAUGCCUCAGGAGAUCCCCGCCGACUUUGAGAAGAACUUGAAUAAGUUUCUGCGCGACGUGAGAACCGAACAGGAACAAUCCGCGGCCGCAGCAAAGUCAUCCAGUUCGGCCACGCAAGCGACAAAACAAGACGUGCCAUCAACGGAUAAGGGUCCAUCUAAUAUGCACACGCCAUUGGCUGUGAGGCACCUUCCUGUAUCACAGCAAGAGGAAUAUCGUCGAUUGAAGCAACAGAUCUUGGAGCGCGAAAAGUUAAAACUGCAGAGGAAGGUAGCAAGUAAUAAUAGUAAUAGUAAUGGUAGUAGUAGCAGUAAUAAAUUAUUAAACGCUGACGUAGCAAGUUUGCCAGUAAAGUCCUUGCCACUGUGCGAAAAGAAAAUGCUUAUUAAACAAAAUCAAGAUAAAUUAAAAACGCCAGAGAAAAAUUCCCAGGAAUUGUCAAUAGAAGUCAGAAGAAAAAGCGACGAUUUGGCGAGAGGCACAUCGGAAUCAAACGUAUGUCGCAUAUCUGCUGACAAAAAACUUUCAGCGAAUAUCGCUAAACAUACUAAUUUCACGCAUCUGCAAACUAAAAGCAAUAAAAAAGCGAUACCAAACAAUCUUAGCAUUCGAAUUUCUAACGUUACCGCUCCGAGUUCCACCGGAGCAAGUACGAGAACAGUCGAAGACCGCGAGAAGCAAUCUGCGAAAGAUAAACAGCAACAUAGAUCGGCCUUGAGAGCGUUAAGCAAAGAAGAGAUAAAUCGUAAAUGUGUGCAAGUACUGUUGAAGCCAGACACGGUCGAGCGAGUCGUCACUAUAAGUGACAAAUCGGCCUUGCAGCACGACACGAUAAUAAGCGUCGAUCAAAAUAAAAAUCCGGCCGAGCCAGAUGAUAAUACAGAAAUUAUAAAUGAAAAAAAUUUAAAUAAUGUCGAUGACAAUAAUACUAGUAAUUUUUCUAACGCCUCUACCGUGAAGCUUUUCAAUUUAUCCGUGAAUUCGAGCGAUAGUCGGCACGAAGAUACGAUGGAAACUACAGUCAUGCUUUCCCAGUGUGAAGCGGAACGUCAGCGAGAAAUUGAUCGUAAUACUUCAACGUCUGUACUUACAGAAAAUAAUAAUAGCAACAACGCCUCUCGUCAAUCUGACACAAUUGCUGAUGAUAAUAAUGGUAACGCGAGUGACGUUUGGGAUACGCUUAAAAAGGACGUUAAAGCGGAAUUGGAGUCCUUGACGAGUCUUUCAAAAUUGGAGCAAGAGCGAUACUUGAGAGAAACCGAGAACAAAUUAGUUACGAGACGGUAUAUGGUCUUAGAUCAUUUAGCAGAAAUGUCGGGGAACCUUCGUCAGUGGGACAUGGAGAAGGACGUGCAGAUUAUCCUGGCCAGCGAAGUGAGAAAACUUAAGGAACAACUGAAGAUAGCCGAGGAAAAAUUACAACAGCAGCGCGAUCGCGUUAGUAGCAUGGGCCCAAAGGUUUCAACCGCACGUCAAAAGAUCAAUGCUGGACGGCGCGAGUGCUUCAAGCUAUCUAGAAUUUGUUCGACCCUAGGUAACCGGCUCAUGGGAAAAAACUACAAGUUGCCAGAGGCAGUAGCUCAACUUUUGAGUGAUAAGCUUAAGGAGAUUGCUAAUCAUACCCGUCAGAUUACCAAGAAGAAGCGAUUCCAAUCUAAUGAUAUUUCUGAAAAUUCCUAUUCUAGUUUGUUACAAGAAACCUCCGAGUUAUCUAGGUACACGUGCACUGAGGAGAAUUUGUCGUUGCAAGAACAACCAACGAAUAAUGCAAAUGUGAUUGAUGAGGCGGGAUCAAAGAGCGAUAUUUCUCACUCGACGCAAUCUAAUGAAGAUAAGAGUUUAUCGAUAUUAGAAACUUUGUUGGAUUUCUCGCAAACGGUUCCAUUCCAAUCGACACCAGAGAAGAGGGAAGAAACAUCAGUAAAUCCAUCGGAACAUCGUAACGAAGAACAAAUGAUAUUCCUUAAUCAAGAUAGUGCGUCAUCGUCCGAACCAAAGCUGUACCAAAGUAAUCCUACAGAACAAAAUAAUAAGCAUACGGAAGAAAGUAGAACGGUCGAGUCUGAUCCCGCCGCAUCUUCAGAACUAAUGUCAUCAGCGAUGGAUUCUUCAAAUCAAGAAUACAAUGAACAAAAUAAUAAGAGAGUCUCGCCACAACUGCCAUCACCAUCACCAUCAGCAUCGCCAUCAUCGCCAUCGCCAUCGCUAUCACCUCCGCCAUCGCCAUCGCCAUCGCCAUCGCCAUUGCGAUCGCGAUUACCAUCGCCGACAACAAUGACGACAGAUACAACAACGACAAAUACAACGAUGACGACGACGACGACGACGACGACGACGAGGACGACGAAAACGAUUGCACCUUAUGUAUCGAUAUUGAUGCAUUUAAAGAAGCCAAGGAACAUCAAUCCCCAUGGAAUCCUGUGUCCGUACGAAUUAAUGGGCAUUUGCAGGGAUGAGGAUUGCCAAUAUAUUCACCAGUCGAGGAAUCAAAUCUGAAAUAAUACGUUACAUACUACUGAACAUAAUCAACGUGACAUACGUAAGGUGGUUCUAAUUUCUCGUCAAAUGUGUCAAUGUGGAUUGUACACUUUAUGUUGAUAGAGCAUCGGCUCGCAGAUUUCAUAAGUUCGCGCGUUUGGUUUCUUGAUUAUCUUGACUUUUGAAUUCUAAUCGCUUACGAUAUAUGUUAUAUAUAAGAUAGAAUCGCGUACAAAAGUAAAAAUAAAUGUACAGUAGCUUUGAUCGUUCCCCUUCAAGCAAGUGUCUUUGAUUUCGCAUUUGCAGGUAUCAUCGAUUAUCGUCUAGGAAGUAGAUAUAUCGAUAUAGGCGGGAUUAUGUUAUGCAGAGCCAACACCCGAAGAUCGGUAAGUUGUCUUCAUCCAUGGCAGGCUCUAUAGUGCACAGUACUGAAAUUAUGAAAUUAUUUCGCAAACAUCUUACAUUUUACGUAAGAUCUCUUUUUUAAAAAAGAAAGUCGUGCCACUACGGGGUUUCGAGCGGCAUAUUUUAUCGAAAGUUUAAAAAGAAUGUCUACGAGUGUAUAUAUUUUUUAUAACUGUAAGAAAAAAAAGUGUCAUAAACUGCAAGAUCAGUGUGGUAAAGAUAGAAGAAGAAUCUAUUGACCAUACUAAGAAGACUAAAUAUCGAAAAGAAGACAAGUCCAGCAAUUACGGAUCAUCAAUGGACAGUUAUUUUUUUCUUCGUACUUCGAUAUAAGUUACCUCAUAUUAAGGAAUCUUGUACCUGUAUAAUAAAAGUUGAAUAUUUUUUUCUUAA